AUGGAGCUGGACCAGGCCAUAUCGCUGUGGCGCGGCCGCGCUGCCGACGCUGUGUUGCUGGGUGCGUCAUCUUCUGUCGCCAAAGAUGGAAGUCGCCUGGUUCUGUUGACUUCGGCGGAAGAUGUACGCGAGAUCAGCGCUCCUACGCGAAAAUGCAUCAACCACUGGACCUUCCGUGCUGGCAGUGUCCAUGCGCUGCAUGUGGCCGCAGCACGUCAUCCGCACUCGCGUGUAUUCUUCGGUGUAUGCGGCGCUCCAGGCGUAGGCGCCAGUAAGAAAGCGCGCCAGGCUAGACGUCAGGAGGCCAAUAAGACGACAGCCUCACCGGCCAACGAAGGCCUCGCCGUCUGGCGCGACACGGAUCUGGACGUUGCUAAAUGGCGCCGCUCACCGCUGCAGUCAACCUCGAAGGCCUUUGCACUGUUGGUGCACUCGAAGCUGAAAGAGGAGGUCGUCGUGGUGUUCCAGAACGGCUCCUUCACUACGUACGACGAAGACCUGAUCAGAGGACUACACAGUGACGACGCCAAGGAUGCCAGUACCCUCGAAGAAGAUGAUGAGGAUGACGAGGACGACCAAGAGGAGUCGGUAGUGUGGGCCUACCUGGAGACAGACAACCGUAGUCCACUUAAGGGCGCGUUGUUCCUGUCAAUUUUAAUGCAGAAGACCAACCAGAAGGGCGACAAGCAGCUCGAGCUUUUGGUGUAUCAGAUCACGAUCCCUAACACUCCUAGACGUCUGGGAGGCUCCCUGGGGGCUGUUUUACUCGUACGUCGUCGUGUCAAUCUACCGGACGACGAGGAACUCUCGUCCUGUGCGUUCCACGCCGAGACCUUCUCGUACUCGAUCAUCGGCCGCUCCGGCACUUGGCAGACACUGCGUUUCUCUCGUGACGCUUUGACCGAUGCUCUGACACUCGUGAGCUCCCAACAAAUGCCCAACUUGGGCUCCUCCGAGUCGGAUUCGACCAUUCCAGUGCACAAGAAGCGUAAACUCCAGGCCGGCAACACAUCAGCGUCCGGUUACUUGGUAAGCGGUGUCGGCAACUACACGUACCUAGUGAGUACACCCUUGGACACUCCGCUUAAGCUCACUGGCUGGGACUCCAAGUUCGCUGUGCCCGUGUCGAACACGGAGAUCAACUUGGCUACAGACCAGGACGGAGAGAACGACGUUGUUGUGGGACGUAGCACCAAGGACGGCGUCGGUAAACCGGUUCAGCUAGUCAGUGUGGGUGCCGGCGACGCAGUGCUGGCAGCGUACGAGCGUGCCGCCUUCCUCAUCCACGUGAGGAACAAAAACUCGACGCUCGUGAGUGUGCUGGGGGCUACAGCAUCGAGCGCUUUGAGCUCCACGACGCCUGCGAUGCCCGACAGCUCCGUGCAAUGGAGCAACGUGACGGCCACCAGCAGCGUGACUAACGACACGCUGGAUGCCGAGACGUGGAAGGCGAACAUGUGCAGUGGCGACGACCGGGAGCGUCAGUUGCUCGCUGAUCUGUCGGAUGUUCAAGUCACCCCCACAGCUGCAGAGUUCACUAGUCGUCUGGACGAAGCAUUGAAGAAGCAGAAAAAGCGGAAGAGUGGGAAGGAAGCAGAAACGCUGUCGUACCGGCUGUUGCAGACCGUGACGCGCCGGUGCUUGAACUCGACGGACCUCGAGUUGUGGGGACCGCUUGAAGCCAUGCUGCGUACCGACAGGUUAUCGGCCCGUGCCGAGCCGACGCUGCUGCCGACGCUGAUGAAACACAACCAGUUCGCGCUACUGGAGUGCGCGAUCGUGCACCUGGUGGACAUCGAUGAGCGCUCGAUUGUGCGUCUGUUGAAGUAUUUUAUCCGCAAGAGCAGCAACUCUGCGCUCACGGACUUUAUUGACGGCAGUGCGGCGUUCGAGAGAUUCGCAGUCGCGCUGCUGGGUCUGCCCACGAACGGCGUGUUCCUUCAUCGCGCUAUUCGCGAGCUUGAGCUUGAGGAGGUGCUGCUGGUGCUGGCCAUUAGCAAGAAGCUGCUGCUGGUUCACACAACUGGGGACGACGCUGAGGACGAAGAAGAGACGACUAAAAAGGGGAAGAAGAGCAAGAAGAACGAGGACAAGAGUCUGGCCGUGAUGAAGCAGGACAGACGCUUCACGUCGCUGCCCUCGGCGUCGAAGUGCUGUGCGUGGAUCUGCGCGUUGCUGGACGCGCACUUGUCCACUUUGGUGCAGCGCGCCUCGCAGUAUCCCGAGGUCGCUCGUGCACUGCAGCAACUGGAUGAACUGGUGCAUCUGCAACUCCGUGCCAGCGCGCAGUACGAGUCGGUACACGGUGUGCUCAGCAACUUCCUGUCCGGUGUGCGGCUUCCACGCGCCCCGGGACUUCCCGACUACAGCAUCGAGGAGCUGCGUCUGUAA